ACGCACCUCCACGCGCAGCUCGCACAACUUUCCGCCAACUUGGCUGACACGGACAACCUCGUGCGCAUGACGAGCGUGCAGGCGGAGAGCAUGCGAGGGCUCGGCAGCUGGCACGGCGGCCUGUUCAUGGCGGCGAGCAAGGUGCUCGGGGAGGAGGCGAUCAACCGGGAACAGGGAGGUCAGCAGCGAUGA